UCUGUGAUGUCAUUGAUGAUGUCACUGAUUGAUUUUACAGUUAGUCGACUCACUGUAAAAUCAUCAGUGACAUCAUCAGUUAGUCGACUAACUGUAAAAUCAUCAGUCACAUCAUCAACAACAUCACCCUGACCGCCGCUAACUCUGACCGCCGCUAACCCUGACCGCCGCUAAACCUGACCGCCGCUAACCCUGACCGCCUUUCCGGAAUGUCAAAGUUCCGUUACGGAAUGUAAAAGUUCCCGAACGGAAUGUCAAAGUUCUGUUUCAGAAUUCCUGCUUCAGACGGCCAUAAGUUCCGACGGAGGAUAUAGAGACUUUGUGCUGUCCGGAUGUCAGUGAGGAGCUCGGUCCACCACUGAGGAGCCGGAACAGCAACCGGUCUUGAUUUUGUCGAGUGAGUAAUUUUGACAACACGAUAAUUAAUAAAUAUGGCAGUCAUUAAGUGUCAAGCAGAGAUUAGGUUGGGGGUAACACCCCCUGUUCCAGGGACUGGUAGAGAGAGAGAAAGAUAGCAGUACACUGAAAGCAAAGCUAGCCAAAAUCUGCAGGGAGACUUGAAUGGACUGGCCGACGGCUCUGCCGUUGACACUAAUGAGCAUGAGAAUACAAACUAACUGUAGUACACAUUUAACUCAUGUAGCAGGACCGACGCCGCUACCCGUGGGUUUCCCCCACCAGCACCUAGGACCAGCCAGGCACAGAGAGGUUUCGUUGGGGAACAUAUUUAUUUCGGCAACCAACGCACACCAAGCAGACCGCAAGACUGCGCCUCUGCUCACUUCCCCUCCUCCACUCUCCACUGAGAGCUUUUAUGAGCGCGGCCUCGGCUGCUGACUGAUUGCAAAUCACCAGCAGCCGAGGCCAAAUUAGAGACAGCUGCCACAACUCCCAAUGAGAGGCUGACGGGACGGCCUAGGCCCGUACCGUAUCAGGGGGGCCUCACAAAGGUCCCCCAUGGGAUCUGUUAGCCAAAGAAAUACGAAGAUAUGUCCAGGGAUCGGCAGGUAUGCAGGAAGCACUGUUUCAACAGGUGGAAGGAGCCACGGAGGAGAGCCACGUGGGACCAGACCCACAAAAGGUGGAGGUCCAUCCAAGGAAGGAGGACGAGCCACGGCAGACAGGACCCUACCUGGUGUUACUAGCCACGCCCACCGCAGUGAAGAGAAACCACACUGGUACCACAUCACACACUGCACCAAGGCAGAAGCACCUGAAGGAAGGCCACAGAGCGGGAGAUAAGAGGAGACCAUCACGGCAAAGCCCUGCCGGCCACAGAGGCGAAUAGAAGCAAGAUGUGGUCAAUCCACACCAGGACACCAGCAGACGGCUGAGGGAGCUGGAGGAGGGGAGUGCCCUUCACACUCACAGAAAGGGGAAAAACAAUAUGGAGAGCCCAGCUGAAAGAACAAUGCCCGUCUCAUGGAACCCCCAAGAAGAAGACGUGGUCCCUAGCAAUAGGAGCAAGAUUCCAUCAAAGCGAGCCAGCUAUCUUGGGUCAUCAGAAGAAAUAAAGUGUCAGGAGGAUGUGCCAGGAGGAGCAUGCAAGCCCUAUCCAUUCGAUAGAUAUGAUGCUACAUACAGAUACAUAGAAGGUGACAUUCUUGAUGUUACAGAAUCAGGCGCCUCAGACUUAAUUGAACCCUGCCAUGAAUAUAAAGCCUUUAACAAUACAUUAGAUGGCCCUACAAUGACCAGGUCAGGUGAAGAGGUUAUCCGCUUUGCAGCUGCCUGCAUGAACAGCUGCACCAAUGGCACGAUUCAUUUUGGAAUAGGAGACGAGCUAAACUUCAAACACGGUCAAGUGUUAGGAGUGGUUGUUCAGGACAGAGAGGCUUAUGCAAAGAAAAUACACUCUGCUCUUGAUCAUUUUGAGCAGAAACACAGAACGAUUGCUCGUCAUUGCAUCAGACCUCCUAGAUUUGUUGGGGUUCUCAAUAGGAAUGAUACAUUAUCUGAAAGAUAUGUAAUAGAAGUGGACAUAGUACCUGACUCUACGAUGUGUGGAGACAACAUCUUCCACACCUUCAACUUGAAAAAAGGCAAGAAAAAAGGUGAAAAAAAAAUAUUUUUCCGAGACGGUGGUAGCAGCAGGGAUCUGCUCGCACCAACCACAUCUGCCAAACCGAUGGUAGAGUACAACCAGUUUGUUGCCGAUAAGCCACAGCUAGUACAACUCCGAAAACAAGCUGAAGAGAAGCACAAUGUGAUGACCACAGAAGGUCGACUCGCAAGUGAAACCCCAAGACUGGAAGAGAUUACUAGCCAGGUACAUAAAAAAAGAAGCAGAAGUUUAGUCAUUGAGAGCAAAGGAAUCUCAUAUUUCGCCGACACCUCAGAACAAAAUCUCAAGCAUGAGUUCAAGAAUGCCAUUGCGAACUACAAGGAAGAACCUGUAAGUCCUGAACGAUUGGAAACGUUUCUUAAAAUGGCUCGGUCACCCUUUCAGGAAACACAGAGCCUCGCAAAGAAGGAGUCAAGUCAGCGAGUAUGGCCCUUUAAAAUCCUCAAACAGUUUAAGGAAGUACUCUGAAACUUCAGAUUCAUGAAUCAUAAACUGAUGAUUGAACUACAAUAGUUGAUGACCUUUGUCAUUAUCUGUUAUGAUGUGAUCAUUGUGUUUUUGCAUUACCUUUUUAAUAAACAUGAAC